GGUACUGGGAGAGCCUCCGUCAAGGUCUAAAAGCUGGGGAGUUCUGACUUCCUGCGUCUCUCAGGGGUGAAUCCCUUGAGCAGACCCAGAGCCUUCAACACCAUCAGCAACCCCUGAGGCCAGAGUGGGCCUCAUGCAGCGCCCCCGGAGGGAAGACCUCUAACCCGGCGAGGCUCACCGAUUCCCCCUCCAGCGCAGCAUGUGUGCACCAUCUUGGCCACUUCACCAAAGGAAUGGUGCCUCAUAAUUGCUGUGAAUGCACCAAUUUAUCAUUGACAAAUAUUUAGUUCCUUUGGUUGAUGAGACAAGUUGGAAAUGGAUCAGAACUCCAGGUCUCCCCACCUCCUGGCUACCAGUUGGAUUGAUUUCCAGGAGCCCAGGUGUUGCCUCUAAGCCAUCCCAAGAGCGCCCUCCACGUUUCAGGGAAUCUCCAAAUGUUAACAGCGACGUGAUGGUCACUGACCACAACGGCGCCAUCAAGCUGUCACAGCUGUGUAAGUUCUGCGACGUGCGAUCGUCCACCUGUGACAACCAGAAGUCCUGCUGGAGCAACUGCAGCAUCACGGCUAUCUGCGAGAAGCCGGAGGAGGUCUGCGUGGCUGUCUGGAGGAAGAAUGAUGAGAACAUCACGCUGGAGACAGUCUGCCACGACCCCAAGAUUGCCUACCAUGGAUUUGUCCUGGACGAUGCUGCUUCUUCAAAGUGUAUCAUGAAGGAAAGAAAGGGGUCUGGAGAGACUUUCUUCAUGUGCUCCUGCAGCUCCGAAGAGUGCAAUGACCACAUCAUCUUCUCCGAAGAGUACACCAGCAGUAACCCCGACUUGCUGCUGGUCAUCUUCCAAGUGACAGGCGUCAGCCUCCUGCCGCCGCUGGGCAUCGCCAUCGCCGUCAUCGUCACUUUCUACUGCUACCGCAUCCACCGGCAGCAGAAGCUGAGCCCGGCCUGGGACUCGGGCAAGCCGCGCAAGCUGAUGGAGUUCAGCGAGCACCUGGCCAUCAUCCUGGAGGACGACCGCUCCGACAUCAGCUCCACCUGCGCCAACAACAUCAACCACAACACGGAGCUGCUGCCCAUCGAGCUGGACACCCUGGUGGGCAAGGGGCGCUUCGCCGAGGUCUACAAGGCCAAGCUGAAGCAGAACACGUCUGAGCAGUUCGAGACCGUGGCCGUCAAGAUCUUCCCCUACGAGGAGUAUGCCUCCUGGAAGACGGAGAAGGACAUCUUCUCGGACAUCAACCUCAAGCACGAGAACAUCCUGCAGUUCCUGACGGCGGAGGAGCGCAAGACGGAGCUGGGCAAGCAGUACUGGCUCAUCACUGCCUUCCACGCCAAGGGCAACCUGCAGGAGUACCUGACGCGCCAUGUCAUCAGCUGGGAGGACCUGCGCCGGCUGGGCGGCUCGCUGGCCCGCGGCAUCGCGCACCUGCAUAGCGACCACACCCUGUGCGGCCGGCCCAAGAUGCCCAUCGUGCACAGGGACCUCAAGAGCUCCAACAUCCUGGUCAAGGGCGACCUCACCUGCUGCCUCUGUGACUUCGGGCUCUCACUGCGGCUGGACCCCACCCUGUCGGUGGAUGACCUGGCCAACAGUGGGCAGGUGGGAACGGCGAGAUACAUGGCUCCAGAGGUCCUCGAGUCCAGGAUGAAUCUGGAGAACGUGGAGUCCUUCAAGCAGACGGAUGUCUACUCCAUGGCCCUGGUGCUCUGGGAGAUGACGUCUCGCUGCAACGCAGUGGGAGUGAAAUUUGUUGAACCAAGUUUCAGUCACUGAGAAUCAUUUUCUGCUUGAAGCUUUGACAGUUCCAAAAUGAAUCCUUAGACCAGACCAGCGUGAACUGUGAAAGAGGGGACAAUGCCGCUGUCACUGUCAGAACAAAUUCACCUAGGUUUUGGUAUCUCUCUUAUCCUUUCAAAACGGCUCAUCGUCUAUAAACAUGCAGGAGCCCGUCUCUGCCGUCCCCCCUGUUGGUGUCACCGGCUUCUUAAGGCCUGAUUUGAGCUCCCUGCUUCCACAGUCGUCAGUGACUGAAGCCCUUUCCUGUUGAUAUUUGCUGAGUGUGGAAGAAUUCUGGCUAGUGGGGAAGAACCGAGUUCACCAGCUUUUACAAGAUCUAAAAACGGAUACAGUAUAAACAAGUUUUCCCAAGGAAGGAACAGGGUCCUAUUUGUUCAGUAAUCCUCAUAACCUUUAGGAUAAGAACAGACGGCUUUGGGGAACCGGAAAAGAGGCCAUCCCUGUUCUCAUUUUGUUUGAUCUUAAGCCCACAGUACGGUUUCUCCCAUCAGGCUGCAAAAUCAAAGUGAUUUGUCUAUCCUCACUUUGGCCCAGCAGACAGCCCUUCUCUUGACUAAGUGUGUGAACUCACGUGUUAAUAACCCCUCUCUUUUGCCUACUUUUAAAAGUGUUAUUAUAUUUGGGUUUUUUGUUUUGUUUUGUUUUGUUUUUUGCAUGUAUGUGUGCGUCAAAAACUGUAAAGGCAGAUUUUCAGCCUAAUCUUAAUUUCAGAGACUCUUAUAUUUAAAGAUCUUCUUAGAAGAUACGUUAAAGUUAGGACCUUCUAAGGGGAGUUAGGAUGUGCUGCCUCUUCCCUGUUGUACAAACACAGAUUUCCGUAGAGAAGCUUGCUGUCCACUGAUGAAACAGGCUUUUCCCCCCUUUCCUUUUUAAAUAUUUGCAUUUUCAGACACAUUUCUUUCUUUACACAUAAAAUAGGUAAUACCACUCUAGUGGAUAUUAGGCUUUAAUUUAUACAGAGGGCAGAAUAUAAAAGGCCUUCCUGAAGCUUAAACUUCUUUGUAUAACUUGAAAUACAACAUAAGAAAUUACUAUCUUUUUCAUGGACAGUCUCAUUUCAGAAAAGGAAAUGUGGAAAAUGCUUACCUCAGUGUGGUGAGUUAUAGACUGGUAUUUUACUUCACAAAAUAGAUCCACUGAUAUUCCCUCUCAGUUAUUCUGAGGAGCUGGACAUCUGACUGAAUGAAGCAGGAGUCUAGGCAUCAAGGAACUCUCUUGCAGGGGGAGAAUGUGAAAUCCCAGCUUUCUUGCCUGGAGAACAGGACCCCAUUCUAUUCUCAGGGCUGAGCCCAAACUUUUGGCCUGGAGGCCCAGGCGCUGCCUGCUUUUUUCUGCAUUUAUCACAGGACUCAGUACGAGACUUUGUCUUGCGCUGUUUACGAGGCCUGGAACACUGAAGGAGACUUUUUUGCAGGCAAGGCAGGGAGCACCAGACUGAGUGCCCAGGUUGGCUAAAGACAAUGUGACAGCAGGGUCAGGCAAGGAGGGUUAGAUCAGCUCUUGAGGGAACAGUGAGCCUCGGAAGUGUCUUCUCUGCGCAAGCAGCAGAGAGGGAACAUGAGCAAGAGAAAGCAUGACACUAGAGAAGCCACAUUCUUCUCAGGUGAGAACAUGCAGACAUAGUAAGAGCACCCUUUGGAAGCAAGCUGGUCCAGCUCCCUUACCACAAGACAUGGAUUGUCGUAAGUGAAGAAGGUGGUCAAAAAUGAAAGGCUUUCUGGUGGAAGUAGGUUUGGUCCAGAUGAAGAAGGCCACAAGAAAUGAUAGCUACCAUUACAUAAGCAAUAGCAUUAUGGAACAAUUCAUCCCACUUACCAAGGGUUCUUUGAAGGGUGUGCUGUUACUAGCCCCAUUUUACAGGUGGGUAAACUGAGGCUUCAGGAAGUAUGAUAGUGGAGACAGAAAUCAACGCCCUGUGGUCUGACUCUGGCCCACAGGCCCUAAAUGUCCUACUACAGGACUGAUAGCUUAUUUAGUCGGUGGCAGCUAGGAUUACCAUUAUUACUGUGGAAGGGGUAGUCAGUCCUACUCUGUAUAACGGCCUUUGACUUGAAGCCCUGCUGAAAGCGCCUGGCGGGACCAUGCAGCGGUGGCCUCCCCGCAGCAUGUUCCCGGCGGUGGACUUUGUGAGUCUGUUAAUGGAAUCCCAAAGCUGUUAAAUGCUGCAGCAUGUGUACCUCACACGCCUCGGUGCCUCAAAGUCUGAGAUAACUUCUUUACCCUUUCUCUCUGAAGAUGUAUCAAUUCAUUAUUUCUUUCACCCAACCUGUAUUUUUUGAGUACCUUCUGUGUGGCAGGCAUUAUUCAAAAUGGUAAGGGUGCAGAGACUCUCAGGAGAUGGAAAAGUAGAAGGUACUGAGCUUCCCUGCUUCUCACAGAAACACCAAAAUCACAACUAACUGCUGAAAGCCAUCAACAACAAAGAAAUGGUGGAACCUACCAAAAGAUACCAUAGGUCCAAAGACAAAGAAGAGCCCAUAACAAGAAAGUAAGAGGGGUGCAGUUGCGAUAAAAUCAAGUCCAAUACCUGCUGGGUGGGAAACCCACAGAUUGGAAAGCAAUUAUAUUGUGGAGGUUCUGCCACAGGAAUGAACGUUCUGAGCCUUACAUCAGGCUCCCCAGCCUGGCGGUCUGUCAAUGGGAGGAGGAGCCCCCAGAACAUCUGACUUUGAAGGUCAGCAGGGUUUGUUUGCAGAACUGGGGAAAACAGAAGCCCCACUCUUAGAGGGCACACACACAGUCUUGUGCACAGCAAGACGCAGGGGGAAAAGCAGUGACCUCAUAAGAGCCUGCUGGUAUUAGACGGUCUCUUGCAAGGCUGAGGCACAGCUGUGACUUACUGUGGGGACAAAGACCCUGGUGGCAGUGGUUCUGGGGAGUUCUUAUUGCUGUGAGCCCUCCUAAAGGCCGUCAUUUUUUCACCAUGACCUGGCCCCACACAGCAGCCUACAGGCUCCAAUUCUGGGAUGCCGCAGGCUAACCAACCAGAAGAGUUGACUCAUUGGAAAAGACUCUGAUGCUGGGAGGGAUUGGGGGCAGGAGGAGAAGGGGACGACAGAGGACGAGAUGGCUGGAUGGCGUCACUGACUCGAUGGACGUGGGUCUGAGUGAACUCCGGGAGUUGGUGAUGAACAGGGAGGCCUGGCGUGCUGCGGUUCAUGGGGUCGCAAAGAGUUGGACACGAACGAGCGACUGAACUGAACUGAACCAACCAGAAUGGUGGGAACACAGCCUCACCCAUUAGCAGACAAGCUGCUUAAAAACUUCCUGAGCAUGUGACUGCCCAAUAAACACACCUGUUGACACAGCUCUGCCCACCUGAGGGACAAGAACCAGUUUCAUGCACGGGUGGGAAGAAACCAAUCCCGCCCACCAGGAUGCCAGCACAAGCAUCUUAUACCAGCCUCAUCCACCAGGGGGCAGACAACAGAAGCAAGAAGACCUACAACCCUGCAGCCAGUGGAACACAAACUGCAAUCAUAGAAAGGUAGACAAAAAUGAAAUGGCAGAAUAUGUCUGAGAUGAAGAAACAAGAUAAAACCCCAGGUGACCAGCUAAAUGAAGUGGAGAUAGGCAAUCUACCCAAAAAAGAAUUCAGAGUAAUAACAGUAAAGAUUAUCCAAGAUCUCAAAAAAACAAUGCAGGCAUAGAUAGAAAAGAUGCAAGAAAUGCUUAAAACAGAGCUAGAAGAUCUAAAGAACGAACACGCAUAGAUGAACAAUAAAAUACUGAAAUGAAAAAUACACUCAAAUGAAUAGAAUAAAUGAGGCAGAAGAAUGGAUAAGUGAGUUGGAAUACAGAAUUGUGGAAAUCACUAUUAUAGAACAGAAUAUAAAGAGAAUGAAAAGAAAUGAAGAGUCUGAGAGGCCUCAGGAGCAACAUUAAAUGCACCAACAUUUUCAUCAUAGGGUCCCACAAGAAGAGAGAGAAAGGACUUGAGAAAAUAUUUGAAGAGAUACCAGCUGAAAAAUUCCCUGACAUGGGAAUGGAAACAGUCACCCACGUCCAGAGAGCUCAGAGACUCCCAGGUAGGAUAAACACAAGGAGGAACACUCAAGACUCACAAUCAUCCAAUCGACAAAAAUUAAAGACCAAGAAAAUUUUAACAGCAACAAGGAAAAAUCGACAAAUAGCAUACAAAGGAACUCCCAUAAGGUUAUAAAGCUGAUUUUUCAGCAGAAACUCUUAGGAAGUGGUAUAAUAUAUUUAAAGUUAUGAAAGGGAAGAGUCUAUGACCAAGAAUCUACAAGCAGGAGUCUACAAGCAAGGUUCUCUUUCAGAUACAAUUAAGAAAUCAAAAGUUUUACAGACAAGCAAAAGCUGGAGAAUUCUGCACCACCCAACCAGCCUUGCAACAAAUGCUAAAGGAACUUCUCUAGGCAAAAAGAAAAAAAGAGCCACAACUAGAAACAAGCAAAUUACAAAUGGCAAAGCUCACCAUUAAAGGCAAGCAGACAGUAAUGGUAGGAAAUCAUUCAUACUCAAAUAUGAUGUCAAAACCAGUGAUUGUGAGACUAGGAGAGCACAAAUGCAGGAUAGUGGAAGUGUAUUUGAAAUGAAAAGGCAAGCAACUGAAAACAAUCUUGUUUAUGUAUAGACUGCUGUAUCCAAACCUCAUGGUAAUCACAAACGGAAAAUCUACAGUAGGUGCACACGGAAAAAAGCAGCCAAAACACAACACUAAAGUUACCAAAUCACAAGAGGAGAGAAGAAAAGAGAAACGAAAGAAGAAACCUAUGAGAAACAAUUCCAGAACAAUUAAUAAAAUAGCGAAAAAAGAGCAUAUACAUUGAUAAUUAUCUGAAAUGUAACUGGAUUUGAUAAUUAUCUGAAAUGUAACUGGAUUAAAUACUCCAACCAAGAAACAUAGACUGGCUAAAUGCUUACAAAAACAAGACCUAUACAUGUGCUGUCUACAAGAGACACACUUCAGACCUAGGGACACAUACAGACUGAAAGUGAGGGGAUGGAAAAAGGUAUUCCAUGCAAGUGCAAAUCAAAAGAAAGCUGGAGUAGCAAUACAUAUAUCAGACAAAAUAUUCUUUAAAGACUGUUACAAGAUACAAAGACAGAUACUACAUAGUCAUCAAGGGAUCAAUCCAAGAAAAAGAUAUAACAGUUGUAAUAUAUUUAUAUAUAUGUAAAUAUAUAUGCACCCAACAUAGGAGCACUUCACUAUAUAAGGCAAAUACUAAUAGCCAUUAAAGGAGAAAUCGACAAUGAUACUCUUUGAUCAACGGAUGGAUCAUUCAGAAAGAAAAUAAGGAAACACAGGCCUUAAAUGACACAUUAGACCAGAGGGACUUAAUUGAUAUCUAUAGAGCAUUCCAUUAAAACUGCAAAGAACAAAAACAUGUGGAGGCUAAACAGUAUGCUACUAAACGGUCAAUGGAUCACUGAAAAAGUCAAAGAGGAAGUCAGAAAAUACCUAGAGACAAACGAAAACAAAAGCAUGACGAUGCAAAACAGAUGCAGCAAAACCAGUGCUAAAUGGAAAGUUUAUAUCAAUACGGUCUUAUCUCAGGAAACAGGGUAAAUCCCAAAUAAACAACCUAAGGUUAUACCUAAAGCAACUAGAAACAGAGCAACAAAUAAAACCCACAGUGCAAGCAAAGAGAUUGUAAAGAUCAUAGCAGUAAAAAAUGAAACAGAGACAAAGAAAACAAUAGAUAAGAUCAGUGAAACUAGACAGCUAGUUCUUUGAAAAGAUAAACAAAAUUGACAAACCUUUAGCCAGACUCAUCAAGAAAAACUAGGGGGCUCAAAUCAAUAAAAUUAGAAAUGAAAAAGGAAAAGCUACAGUGGACAUCACAGAAUACAAAGGAUAAUAAGAGACUACUACAAGCAACUAUAUGCCAAUAAAAUGGACAACUUAGAAUAAGUGGACAAAUUCUUUAAAAGGUACAAUCUCUCAAGACUGACCCAGGAAGAAAUAGAAAAUAUGAACAGACCAGUCACAAGUAUGGAACUGAAACCAUGAUUUUAAAAUUCCCAACA